CAAAUCGAAAAUUGUGAAGCAGCAUUAAUUCAACCGCCGUUGGCAUGACUACCAACAUUUUGCGCCAAUUGACAAUUUCAUGUCCAAUUGAAAACUAACGAGCGGAGAAGUUUCCAGCCGGCUUUGUGAUAUUCUUGAAAUUCCGUGUGAAAUCGUAAACUCUUCCAAAUGGAAAUCAAUGAAGAAAAUUUGAGACAUCUUACAAAUUACAUUCAGCAGACUUUGAGCCCGGAUCCAAACGUGCGAAAGCCUGCCGAGAAAUUCCUGGAGAGCGUUGAGUCCAAUCAGAACUACCCAGUCCUGCUGCUGACUCUAAUUGACAAAAAUGAGAUUGACAUGACGAUCCGCGUCGCGGGAGCGAUUGCCUUUAAAAACUACGUUAAACGCAAUUGGGGUGCCCAUCUGGAUGAUGGCAGUCCAGACCGAAUACACGAGUCCGACCGGACAGCCGUGAAAACCCUCAUAGUCGCGCUCAUGUUGAAAUCGCCGACCGCCCUGCAGAAGCAGCUCAGCGAUGCUGUCAGUAUUAUUGGAAAAUAUGAUUUCCCAAAGAAGUGGCCGCAACUUAUCGAUGAGAUGGUUGAGAAAUUCACGACGGGCGACUUCAAUGUGAUAAAUGGAGUCCUGCAGACCGCACACUCGCUGUUCAAGCGAUAUCGCUUUGAGUUCAAAUCGCAGGAGUUGUGGGAAGAGAUAAAAUUCGUGCUGGAAAGGAUGGCUAAACCCCUGACUGACCUUCUACAAGCAACAAUGAAUCUUACCACGGUUCAUGCAAGCAACGAGCAGGCGUUGAAAGUGAUCUACGGCAGCCUCGUGUUGGUGUGCAAAGUUUUCUAUUCGCUGAAUUCACAAGACCUCCCAGAAUUUUUCGAGGAUAACAUGGCUGCGUGGAUGGGUUCUUUCCAUGAUUUACUCACAUGUGACGUUCCCUGCCUACGGACCGGGGAUGAUGAGGAUGCUGGAACAUUGGAACAUCUUAAGUCACAAGUCUGUGAGAACAUCGCCCUUUAUGCGCAGAAGUACGACGAGGAGUUCAGUUCGUACAUGCCACAGUUCGUGAAGGAUAUUUGGGAACUCCUUGUGGUGACGGGAAAGCAACCAAAAUACGAUUCCUUGGUGUCGAACGCCUUGCAGUUCCUCUCAAUUGUUGCCGAUCGCAAUCACUACAGAAAUCUCUUCGAGGAGCCAACGGUCCUGUCGAAUAUUUGCGAGAAAGUAGUCAUUCCAAAUAUGGACUUCCGUCCAUCUGACGAAGAACUAUUCGAGGAUAACCCAGAGGAAUAUAUUCGCUGGGAUAUAGAAGGAUCGGACAUCGAGACACGUCGUAGAGCUGCCUGCGAUCUUGUGAAGACUUUAUCCCAGAAUUUCGAAGCAAAGAUUUUUGAAAUAUUUGGGCAAUACCUUCAGAUUCUUUUAACACAAUAUGCGGAAAAUCCAGCAAAGAACUGGCGGGCAAAGGACACAGCAAUAUAUUUGGUCACGUCAUUCGCUUCAAGAGGAGCAACACAAAAACAUGGAGUUACACAGACUUCUGAAUUGGUCCCAUUGCCGCAGUUCUUCCAACAGCAAAUAUUGCCGGAAUUGGAAAGGAAAGACAUUAAUGAACUGCCAGUACUUAAGGCAGAUGCAUUGAAGUUUUUGAUGGUAUUCCGAACAAUUUUGGGCGAACAAGUAAUCCAGGCUUCCUUGCCGCAAUUGAUACGUCAUCUACCAGCUACGAGUAUUGUAGUGCAUAGUUAUGCUGCGUGCACCAUUGAAAAGAUAUUGAUAAUGCGAGACUCAAAUAAUUCGUUAAUGAUCUCAAGCGCACAUUUGGCACCUCUCUCGAAUGAUUUACUGACAGGACUGUUUGGAACGUUAGCUAUGGAUGGAUCUCAUGAAAACGAAUAUGUUAUGAAAGCUAUUAUGAGGAGUUUUUCAACUCUACAAGCUGGUGCCAUGCCUUUCAUGGCGGUUGCUUUGCCCAGAUUAACAGAAACUUUAACGGUAGUAGCGAAAAAUCCAUCUCGACCACAUUUCAACCAUUAUCUAUUCGAGACAUUAUCACUGGCUGUGAAGAUCGUUUGUAAGGCAGAACCGAGUGCGGUCAGUUCUUUCGAAGAGGCAUUAUUCCCUGUAUUCCAAGGCAUUUUACAGCAGGAUAUUCUUGAAUUUAUGCCAUAUGUAUUCCAAAUGCUAUCACUUUUAUUGGAGAUUCGGGAAGGCACGAGCACAAUACCAGAUCCUUACUGGAAUUUGUUCCCUUGUUUGUUAGCGCCGGCUCUUUGGGAUCGGCCGGGCAAUGUGACUCCCCUUAUUCGGCUCAUCACUGCUUUUAUUCGACAAGGCUCAUCGCAGAUAUCAGCGCAAUCCAAAUUGAAUCCUAUUUUAGGCAUCUUCCAGAAAAUGAUUGCCUCUAAGACAAACGACCACGAAGGAUUCUAUCUCAUUCAGAAUUUAAUAACAUACUAUCCAAUGGCUGAAUUACAAAAUAACAUGCAACAAAUCUUCGCCCUGCUCUUCCAACGGCUUUCACUAUCAAAAACCACAAAGUACGUUCGAGGCAUUAUAAUAUUCUUCUCAUACUACGCAAUUAAAGUCGGGGCUCCAGCACUAAUUGAACUGAUUGACGCCAUCCAGGCGGCAAUGUUCGGGAUGGUCAUUGAGCGAGUAUUUAUUCCCGACAUGUCGAAAGUGUCCAGUGAAAUGGAUCGUAAAAUUGUAGCUGUUGGAAUUUCAAAAGUUCUAACUCAAUGUCCUGCGAUGCUCACGAUGCCCUAUCUCAACUUAUGGCCUCGUCUUUUGCAAGCCCUUGUGGAAUUGUUUGAACUACCCCCAGAUGAAAGUGCUCUCGAUGGUGAUAAUUUCAUUGAAGUCGACGAUGCGCCCGGGUAUCAGGUCGCGUUUUCACAGUUGAAUUUCGCUCAGCCAAAGAAGGAGGACUUCUUGGCGGAAGUAACAGAUUCACGAAAAUUUUUGGCCGAGAGUUUGGCGAAGCUAUCACAAAGUCGUCCUGGCGAAAUUCCCGCGUUGGUUGCUCAAAUUGGCGACGAUCAUAAAUUGGCACUGCAGAAAUACUGUGCCCAGGCGAAUGUUCAAAUUCAGUAAGGAUGUGCAGGGUCUCGCAGGUUCUUUAGUUAAGCCAUAAUUUAAGUUUUGUCUAACAUCAACUGAAUAUUGUUAUAUUGUUUUACUUAUUGUAACUGUAGAACUUUUUUUACUUGUAAAAUGGGGAGACGUUCUCCCUUUUCUGUUUCCUUUCCCCUGUCGUCUUGUAUUUAUGCGAUUACUGCAAUUAAUUCAAAAAUAAAGUGUCUUUGAAA